AUGCUGAGAAGCCUCAGCCUCAGAUUCUCAAUACUAACCGCUUGGUUACUAUGCUGGGCGGUAUGUAUUGGUGCACACCCUACUUAUAACAUCCCCCGACAGGAUGAAGAUUCUCAUUGGGUAGCAACAUGGACUUCAAUGCCGCAGCUGGUGGAACCUAAUAACAUGCCGCCAUCCCCAUUCUCGGGCUCAGCCGCGUUUAAGGAUGCCACCCUUCGCCAGACCCUUCACCUGUCUAUAGGUGCAGAAAGGCUUCGCUUCCAGAUCUCCAAUACUUUUGGUGGCAGUGACCUUCCCAUCACAGAAGCAUCUAUAGCCCUUCCAACAGGAGGCAAAGCAGGCGUGAAUGGAAUCGAUACGGCAACAUUGAAGGGCCUUACUUUUAAUGGCUCUAGCUCGGUCACGAUCCCGAGGGGUCAGGUUGCCUACACUGACCCUGUGGACUUCAAAGUUGAUCCACAAGCCAUGAUUACUAUCAGUCUCUAUUCACAACCUGGCCAAUCUGGAAGUAGCAUUACUGGACACCCAGGCAGUCGAACGACAUCUUGGAUGCAGCAGGGUAAUCACCUUAAUGCCUCCACUGUGACGGGAGCGAGCACGGCGCAUUGGUAUUUUCUUACUGCUGUCGAAGCCUGGGCCCCAAAGACGACCGCUGCUCUGGUGAUUCUCGGCGAUAGUAUCACGGACGGGCGAGGAAGCACUGAUAAUGCCAACAACCGCUGGCCUGACCUACUUCUAGCUCGGAUGCAGAAAGAAGGAAUCACCAACGUCGCCGUGUGCAACCAAGCAGCAGGUGGUAAUACCGUCCUUACCGGUGGCCUUGGCCCACCGCUCAUGCAGCGUUACAAGCGCGAUUUACUCACAACUGCCGGUGUUAAAUACGCUCUCAUUUUCGAAGGUGUAAACGACAUCGGAGGGGGAUCUGUGGACUCGGGAACACAAUCACGUAUCGGAAGUAGUCUAACAUCGUCAUUCACGACCAUUGCCAAAGAUGCGAAGGCAGCCGGCUUGACUGUCUUUGGGGCAACAAUCACACCAUUCGGCGGAAACGGACAGAGUUACAGUAACCCAACGAGGGAUCAAACAAGGCAGACGGUGAAUAAAUGGAUUAUAGGAGGUGGAGAUGGCAGUUUUGAUGCUUCGAUUGACUUUGCUAAGAUCGUGGCUAACCCCUCCAACGCCGCUAACCUGGCUUCUCAGUACGAUGGCGGCGACCAUCUACACCCCAACGUUGCUGGAUACCAGGCGAUCGCCGACCAAUUCCCUCUGGAUAUUUUUGGGGAUAAUGCUACUAUCGUGUAA